AUGGGGGGCAAACAUAGCCACCACGAUCAGCACCAUCAACAGCAGCAUCAGCAGCAGUGCAAUAGUGAGCAGCCGUCGCGGAAAGCCACGAAGCAGCCUAAGCCACCGAAGCAACGGAAAGCGAAAGCGAAAUCGAAAUCGAAACGUAACCGCCCGUCCACACUGAGCUAUCUGAACGAUCUGCCCACGGUGGACGACGGUAGUAGUGGCCGCUGGCCCGAGGAACAUCACGAUCAACGUAGCGACGGUUCGACGAGCGCCACCUGGGCGGAGGUAGUGGCAGUCACCGAUGAGCAGCAUCGCUCCCUGGACAACGACGAGGACGUGACCGAGCGUAACGACGGCCGCGGCGAGUGCGACCGCCUCGCGGACGGACCUCGCGUGGGCCAGGAGGCCGCCGCCGCCGACGACGACGACGAAAGUGCAACAAGUUCCGUUACCAUUACGAUUUGCAUGCUGAAAAUGGAAACGAAUGCAGCAGACGGCGAAAUGACGGCGGGCGGCGACAGUCGGACGGUCGAGACCGGACCGGUGACUGGUGGUGAGGCAGCGCCGGCGGAGGAAGAGGUGCCGCGAUCAUCGCCGACACCGCCAUUGCCCGUUGCGAUCGCCGCGAGCGGUGAACUGCUGACGAACAUGGCGGGACCGCGCUGCAAUUGCAACGCCCUACCGAUGGCCCUCGGCGGCACCAGCACUACGACCGCGAUCGACAACCGGCUCAACAACAACAGCGAGCUGUCCGGGGUGGGGCUGACUACCACCACCGCCCCUGCGACAACACCCCCGACGAUCGCGACAGCCACGGCGUUGGCGGUUUGGUCUUCCAAUGCAGCGACGGCCGUUUCACCGUCGCGGUACAAUCUCUUGUUUCAACAGCAUCUGCACCACCAUCACCACCAUCAUCAUCAUCACCACCAUCAUCACCACUUGAUGCACCACCUGCAUCAUCUGCAUCAUCUGCACCACCAUCAUCACGAGGCGCCGAUUGUGGCCACCGCCGAUCCCAUCAGCGCGGAUCACGUCCUGCGCCACCAGUGGACUCCGACUACCACCGCCGACAUCGUCAAUCUGCCCCAGCCGGCUGCCCAUCCCGCUACUGCCACUGCUGCGACCCUUCUCGAUAUCGACGGGAAGGACAAGCUCGAAGGACUGCAGUCGGUGGGGUCGCGGAACGGCAACAAUAACGACGCAUCCAGCAAUCCAGCUCCUCCGGAGCACCCGUACAGUGCCGGCGAGUGUCCGACGUGCUGUGCCAUGGCCCUCGCAGCCUCAGUUACGGGGUCGAGCGGAGCCACCGGAAACAACCUGGCUGCGGCGGCUUCCACAACCACCGAGCGCAUCUACAACGGCAACGUCGGUGAGGUGGAGGAGAAAAUUCUCAACACCUCCAACCAGCCGGCGGCGGCCGAGGCGGUGAUUGCGUCGGAUGUGACUACGGCCGGUGCAAGUGCAGCUGCUCCAACGGUCGAACCGGAGGCAGCAUCCUCGGCAGCGGCGGCGGUAUCGCAACAGCAGGCGGCCACUUCUUCGUCCUGCGAUGGUACCGGGAUGAGAGCGGAGGCGGUGGAGGACAAUUCCUCGAACCCGGCAGCAACAACAACACGGUCGGGUACGGUGGUGGAUGCUGCCGUUGCUGCGUCUUCGUCGGUAUCACCGAGCUCGGCAAACUCAACCACCGACAGUUCACCAACGACCACGGCCACUGUCGGUGCAGCUGAGGCAGCAGUAGCAGGAUCAGCAACAGCAACAGCUCCAGUAACACCUGGACCGUGCUGUCGUAAGCAAUCGACGUCCGCCGCGGCCACCCUGUUCAGUUCCUUAUCGCUCUCCGGGCGUCGAUCGCGCAGCAGCAACAGUGCUGCGCAGACAGGCUCGACAGGACCGUGCCGCAAUUGCUGCCAGAGCAACGAUCAGCCAGCGGAUCAGCAACAGCAGCAGCGAUCGUUUGCAACCUGGAUUUCCGGUGGUCGCGACCGUAACGCAAACGGUGGCACUGCCAGCAAAGCCAGCAACGGCAAUGACGGCAAACCGAAGAAGGGCAAUUGGCGUGUUUCCUUAAACUGUAGCAUCCUCCGUGGUGGUGCCGGAGCGGCUGCCAAAUCGUCGUCAUCUCCAUCAUCACCGCUUGCCACAGCCGACGGUGGUAACGUGAUGGUCAAAGGAUCAUCACCUUCUGGAUCACCGGCUGCGACUCCUUCGGUGGCAACAACCGUUGCUGCAACGCCUUUCAGUGCCCAAAACAGUAUUGCUUCGGCGGGGACGGCUAGUGCCUUGUCUUCAUCGGCCACCCAUCAUCGUGGGCCGACCUCACUGCUGGCGUCGAGUGUAACGGCUAAGCUGCUUAAGGGCGGCGAAUCCGAUAAGGAGGACUCUUGCGUUUGUACGGCCUACCGGAAGAUGAGCGAAUCACCGCCGCCACCAGCACCAGCAGCAGCGGUUGUCGAUAUGGCGGAAGUGGCUGCCGAUCUUAGUGUGGCGCCCAGCAGCACCUGGAUCACGAGCCCGGUGCUGCGGGCGACCAGCGGUGGCACUAUGACCACCUUGCGCCCUGGUUCUACGGUGCCACUGGCGCCGGGUCAGCCGCGACUCAUCGUUGGAACAUCGAACCGAACCGCGGGUCCGAUUAUGGGCACCGUCAGCAAUGAUGCCGUACCGCCGGCGCUAAUGCACAACCACCAUCAUCACCACGCGCUGGCCACGGCCGCCGCGAUGGCCGGGGACCAUCCGCGGUUCUUCUUCCCGGUGACGGCCGCAACCGCAGCGGGAGCGCAACCCGUCCACCAUCAUCACCAUCACGGCCGCGGUGGUCCACAACCGCUCAUCCUGGUGUCCGCCUCCGCCGGUGUGUUCGAUCUCGGAAGUGACGAAUUCUCGCUAGAGGAUUGCGACGAACGGGCGCGGAUACAGCGUGAGCUGGAGAUCCGUGAAGGGGUCGACGCACCACCCAACUUCCACACCCGGCGGCUCGUGCCGGGAGGCAGCCUCACGUCGGGUCCGGGCGCCAACCACCCGAUUGCGUUCCUGUGCACGCGUGACCUGCUCCAGCGUAGCCUGCUGCUCGCAAACAAUUUCUUCCACCCGGACGAUUCGAUCGCCGGCGGCGCCGGUGCGGUCGGUGGUAUCGGAGGAAUUCCGGGUACCGUCGGUGGGCUCCACUCGCGGAUACACUCGCAGGUCGACUUCAUCCACUGCCUGGUGCCGGAUCUGCAGAAGAUUACGAGCUGCAGCUUCUACUGGGGCAAGAUGGACCGGUACGAGGCCGAGCGGCUGCUGGAGGGCAAACCGGAGGGAACGUUCCUGCUGCGCGAUUCCGCCCAGGAGGAGUUCCUGUUUUCCGUUUCCUUCCGGAAGUACAACCGCUCGCUGCACGCCCGGAUCGAGCAGUUCAAUCACAAAUUCAGCUUUGAUUCUCGCGAUCCGGGCGUUUACACGGCCUCGACGGUGACCGGGCUGCUGGAGCACUACAAGGACCCGUCGUGCGUGAUGUUCUUCGAGCCGAUGCUGACGUUCCCGUUGAACCGCAACUUCAGCUUCAGCCUGCAGCAGCUCUGCCGGGCGGCGAUCGUGAGCAACACGACGUACGACGGCAUCAACGAGCUCGCGUUACCAAAGUCUCUGAAGGCGUACCUGAAGGAGUACCACUACCGGCAGCGGGUCCGCUUGCGGCCACUGGACGAGCACCUCUACUCCAACGCGUAG